GGAGGAGGAGGAGAGACGAGCGCAGUCAAGUUUGGAUCAGGAAGGAGCGACCCGGCAAAUCCACACCAACGCUCCUGGACGAGAGACGCGAGCACAGUGCCACUUCUCAAAUCACGUUGGACGAUCGACUGAUUCCCUCAAAAAGGUGAAGGACAGCGACAUAACAACAAACAACAUCAACAACAAAAAAAAAACAGAUGAGACAUGCAUCUAGCUGUAAAAUGGACUUGGCUGCUUCUUCUCGGGGGUUUGGUGACACAAGACAGCCUUGCAUCGAAAGCAGAAGAUCGCCUCUUCAGAAAGCUCUUCAGGAGGUACAACCAGUUCAUCAGACCAGUGGAGAACGUCUCAGACCCUGUCACGGUGGAGUUUGAAGUUUCCAUCUCACAGCUGGUCAAAGUUGAUGAGGUCAAUCAGAUCAUGGAAACAAAUUUGUGGCUCAGGCAUAUUUGGAAUGAUUACAAGCUGCGAUGGAUGCCCGAUGAUUUUGAUGGAAUAGAGUUCAUUCGAGUCCCAUCAAACAAGAUCUGGAGACCCGAUAUUGUUCUGUACAACAAUGCCGUUGGGGAUUUCCUGGUGGAGGAUAAAACCAAGGCACUGCUCAAGUUUGAUGGUACCAUAACCUGGAUUCCUCCCGCUAUUUUCAAAUCCUCCUGCCCUAUGGACAUCACCUACUUCCCGUUCGACUAUCAGAACUGCUCAAUGAAGUUCGGCUCAUGGACUUAUGACAAAGCCAAAAUUGACCUGGUACUUAUUGGAUCUAAGGUCAACCUCAAAGACUUCUGGGAGAGCGGUGAGUGGGAGAUCAUUGACGCUCCAGGCUACAAGCAUGACAUCAAGUACAACUGCUGCGAGGAAAUCUACCCAGACAUCACUUACUCCUUCUACAUCCGUCGACUGCCACUCUUCUACACCAUCAACCUCAUCAUCCCCUGCCUCCUCAUCUCCUUCCUCACAGUGCUGGUUUUCUAUCUCCCGUCCGACUGCGGAGAGAAGGUCACGCUCUGUAUCUCCGUCCUGCUCUCCCUCACUGUAUUUCUACUCGUUAUCACCGAGACCAUCCCCUCCACAUCUCUGGUCAUCCCGCUGAUUGGAGAGUAUCUGCUCUUCACCAUGAUCUUCGUCACGCUCAGCAUUGUCAUUACGGUUUUCGUGUUGAACGUGCAUUACCGCACCCCCAUGACGCACACGAUGCCCGGAUGGGUGCGCUCGGUGUUUCUAAAAGUGCUGCCGAGGAUUAUGUUGAUGCGGAGACCAACUGAUGAAGACGGCAGCAAGGCUGGAGGGUUGGACGACAGUGGGGAGGCAGGAGGAGCUGGAGGGGGAGGAGGAGGCAGAGGAGCCAAGAAGAGGAAGAAUAACUUGACGCAGCAAGUUGGCGGGGGUUCCCUAAAUUGUCUGGAGUUUGGGGACACGACAUUGUCCUCCAUGGAAGGCUGCGCUGGGAAAAAAUGCUCUUGUCCCUGCCAGCACGGGAAAGAAAGUCCUGAAUCGACAACAACUGUAAAAACGACACGUCAGCCGAGUCCACAGAGCAUAAAUUCAGUCAUGGCCUUCUCUGUUGUGUCACCCGAGAUUAAGCAGGCCAUCGAGAGCGUCAAGUAUAUCGCUGAGAACAUGAGAAGCCGAAACGAAGCCAAAGAGGUGGAAGAUGACUGGAAGUAUGUUGCCAUGGUGAUUGACAGAAUCUUCCUAUGGGUAUUUGUGACUGUGUGUGUCCUGGGGACAGUGGGCCUCUUCCUUCAACCCCUUUUUGGAUUUGUCUCAUAACCCCUCAACGAUCAGCGUUUACUGUGACCGCGAUUGGACCAUUCUGAAAAAAAAUGACCCAUUUGAUGACAAAACAAUUGACUCAAAGAGCACUCGUUGAUCGUUUUAUUUUUUUUGCCUUUUGCAUAGAGCAGCACACAUUUUUAAUGCCUUAAUUUUAUUGUAUACACCUGUUUUAGGCUGGCGCCUGUGUUGUUGAAACCUGAGACAAUAAUACUUCAAAUGGCGGUGCGAGUCCCCACUGGCUCUACCGAUCAUGUGUGUAUUCGAAUUCUUAAGUGUACGUAAUUUAUUAUAUAAAACAGUGUUGAAUCCCUUGAGGUGUAAUUCAAUUGACACUGUUUGACAGCCUCGACAGUAGUCAGGAAGCAGACUUAGCAUUUGUCCAACCAUUUCUUUUUGUCUGCAACAGCACUGCGAUUCCAAAGUCAUGAGCACAAAGUGAUUCCUCACAUUCCCAAAAACUCACUCAUUUGUUAUGCAUUUUACAACAACCUGUUGCCCCAUUGUGGGGCUCCUGUCCUUGUUGCUAAAAAAAUGCUUGAGUGCUGACGCUGACUCGGCUAUACUACGAUGAGCAGCAAAAGACACACCGAGGAAAGCCGACAAGAGGAAAACACACAAUUUAAGGAUGGAGGCAUACGAGCUGUCAGUGAAGCAUCUCGCCAACCACCACUAAGUUAGCAUACAUGAAGGUCACGUGUGUUUUUUUUUCCCCCUUUCGUCCUUUUUGAGGCAUACUGUUUUAAAUGGUUAAACAGAUUUCAACAAUGUGGAAAAAAAAUGUGAGCCUGAUAAUUCUGGUGUGCAGAAGUAGCUUCGUUGAAAAACUAUUUAAUUGACUUCAGUUCAUAUUUUUCUCUCAAUCACUUUGAUUGGAGUACAUAAUCAUUACACACUCAUCGCCUUUCUGAGUCAUUUUCAUAUAGACGUCAGAUUUGUGACGGUACUAGCUUGGUACUAGCAAUUAAUGAAUAAGGGCAGGCUGUUCUUUUUUUUUUGUAAUUAAAAUCCAUGUGUUUCUAAAUGUUCACAAUGAUUAACAUUCCACAUGUUAAUUGGUUUACCCUAGAAAAUAUUGAAUCCAAUGUACUUGGUUGCUUGCUCCCAAAAUAGCAUUGCAUUUAAUCAUCAAGGAAUAGUUUCUAAUUCGGUGCUAGUUAAUUCUUGUUUUGCUUACCACUUUGGAUUAUGGACUUUUGAUGCUUUGUGAGAAACAGCAGUCAGGAUUGCCAAUAAUGUAUGGUAAUGAAAUGUGCGGUUCUGACUGCAGAGAUCCAAUUGAAUUGGGCCUUUUUGAUACACUGUAUAAAGGGUUUCUAAAAUGUGUUUUCCCUUUUUAAUGGGUUGAUUCUGAAAAACAAAUAAAUGUAAUAUUUCGCCA